AUGGAGAUUAAAUUUGACGAAGAGGGGAAUGUGACUUCAUUUGAGCGAAAGAAGACUGAAUUGUACCAAGAACUGAGCCUCCAAGCUCAGGAUUUACAAUUCCAGCAUUUAACAAGUAUAGCCACCAGAAAUAAUAAGAUCAUCCUGAGGAUGGAGUUUCUAAAAGCUGUGAUUUCCCCGGAUUACCUUUUGAUCCUUGAUUAUCGAAACCUGAACCUGGAGCGCUGGCUCUUCAGAGACCUGGCUUCCCAGAUUGCUGGAGAUGGGCAGCUUGUCACUUAUUCCUUACCGUUUGAGUUUAGAGCCAUAGAAGCCAUACUUCAACACAGGAUUCAUACCCUUCAAGCUCAGCUACAGGAGCUACAGCCAAGGAUACCUGAAACCCUGGAAUCGCUUGUGGAUCGCAAAAUGUUAUCGGUUGAUAGGAGCAAACUGCAUGUUUUAUUACAGAACAGCAAGAACCUAUCUGAGCUUGAGACUUAUAUCAAAGUUUUUAAAGAAUUCCUGUUGGAGAUUCUGGAUGAAGAGGAGUUAAUAGAAGAACUGUGUCUCACAAAGUGGACUGAUCCUCAAGUUUUGUAAGAGAGCAACUUGGGAGUAGACCAAGCAGAGGAAAUGAAGCUGCUUCUGGAGAAUUAUUACAGACAGGCCAAGGAUCUAGCAAAUACAACUCGAGAACUGAAAGUGCUCAUCGAUGACUCUGAAAGUGUCAUCUUUAUUAAUCUGGACAGCCACCGCAAUGUUAUGAUGAGACUUAAUCUUCAGCUGACAAUGGGGACCUUUUCUGUUUCCCUGUUUGGACUGAUGGGAGUUGCAUUUGGUAUGAAUCUGGAGUCCUCCUUUGAAGAGGAUCCAAAGGUCUUCUGGCUGGUCACAGGAUUAAUGUUUUUAGGAAGUGGGCUUAUCUGGAGGCGCCUUGAGCCUCCCUCCCCACCACCGAUGCCUCCAAUAUGGAAGAAGGGUCAGCUAAGCUGCUUGAGAGGGUCGGACGCAAAAACUGGACUGAGAACAGAAUAUUUUCCUUCAAGCAAGAAUCCUCUCAUGAAUCACAAAUAG